AUGAGUUAUACGCACCUAACCCACAACGGGAAUCUCAAACUCACCUUACGCAUCUCCCCUAGCCGCCUUAAAUCCAAUUGGGAGUGGCCAGAGGAGCCUGAAAGGCAGAAGCUCUUGGACAUGAGCCCUACGAAGUUGUCAUAUAACAAGACAAACUGGUAUUGCCUUUACUGUGACAUUGCUGCUAAUCAGAUGCAGCUGAAGGGUCACAAAACUGUGCUAGAUUAUGUGAUGUUGUGA